AUGGCAACACCGUCCACCGCCAUUUCAGGCGGUGCAUCUGUCAACCCCCUACGGAUGCCAGAGCCAUCGUUUGACAGAAUCUACUCUCCUCGUGCUCGUUCGCCUCCACCUCCUCAACCUCCUCCAGACGACAUCCUCAAUGUCUUCCGCGACUUUGACGAUGCGGCCGUCUACGCCCAGGUGGUGGCUGAGGCAUUUGCCGCCUCCGCCAAGAACUUUGUCGUCGACUUUGGUGAUACCACAGCCCGCGUGGCCGUUGACCUGUCGGAGACGCAGAUCAUCCAGCUGCUCGCCGAGGGCGACGGUGACGGCGACAAUUUUGUACCCCGUCAUCCAUCCGCCCCAGUCCGCUGGAUCAACGUCUGGAAUCCCAGCGCCCAGCAGGGCAUCGUCGAAGCCAUUGGCCGGCGCUACCACUUUUCCCGCCGUCUCACCAUGAGCAUUUGGGCCUGGGACCAAGUCAAAGCGAAACUGCUGGAGGCCAAGUCCGCCGAGGAGCCUUGGCGGCGUCCUUCGCCCACGCAGGCUUCAGCACCACCCCCACCCCCACCACAGGCGGUGGUCGACAUAGAAACGGGCGCCGUGGCUACCGCUGUAGCCUCUACGGCGCCCGGUGUUGACGCCGACGGCAAGUUUGGUGCUUCAUUUGUUGCCGCGCCGGAAAGCCCUCCUGCCGGUGGUGCUGCCCUGGCGUCCGCCGCCGAAGAUGCCCUCGACGCCAUGGUUUCCAGCAACAAGGCCGUCUUUCAGAUCAUGCAGGACAGCCUCAACUACACCACCAUUGACCAAGAGCAACAUUACAUUGACUCCCGGCUGCAAGUUGUCUGCAUAGGAGCCAAUUGGCUGCACCAACGACCCAAGGGCCAAACGAAACCUAACAAUAGCCUGGUACCGCCAAAGCACUGGUCUUGGUUCGUCCUAUGUGACGAUCAUACGGUCAUCUGCUUUCACGAAGCGGCAUACUACGAGAAGACGCCCAAAUUUGCCGACCGGAGGGCGUGGGAAACGGAAGAGCUCGGGCACAUGCGCUCCAACACGCUCAAGGUCUUUCGCCAGCUGUCGAAAUGGGGCCUCAAGGAGGACCAGCACAAGUUCUCGCAACUCACCUCGGUCCGCCAGCCGGGGCGGCGCGGUCCACGGCCAGAUAGUGCUGCUGCCCAGGGUGUGGAGGGCGCGAGCAACCUGUUCUACUACCUCUUUGAAGACUACACGGCCGCCUUUGAUGUUCUGAACAGCUCCAAAGCGGCCCUCGACGAUAUUAGCAGCAUUGUUCUUCGAACUGCGGACUGGAAAAACAGGGACGACACAACCAAUGUGAUUCCUAGCUUGUACAAACUCAACAAGGAGAUGCGCCAGCUGCAGCAUCUUUUUUCCAACUACAAUACUCUGAUCGACCGCCUCCUCAGCCGCAACGGCAAUGAAUCAGAGGCCAGGAACAACGGAGAGCCAGUGACAAGCCCAGGCCCAGGCAAUAAAGGCGAUGCCCCUCCCCGUCUUCUCUCCCCCAAAGCCGUGAACCGGUUUCGGCGCCUCCAAGUCCAACUCCAGUCCCUCAUGCUCGACGCCAUCCAGGACUGUCUCGACGAAAAGGCAUCGCUGCAGGACACGUACUUUCAUCUCAUCACCCAAAAGGACUCCCGCUCCACCGAGCGCCUCACCCGCAGCGCCACGUUGCUCGCCAAGCUCAGCGUCUUUUUCCUGCCCAUCUCCUUCAUGACCAGCUACUUUUCCGUUCAGAUCCCCGACCUCACCGACGGCUACACCGCUCGUACCUACUGGGGCGCCUUUGCCGUCAUUGCCAGCAUCUCGUUUCUGAGUCUGUUCUUCUUCAGCAAGGUUCUUAUGUUUCUUAGCGAGAGCCUGGACCACUGGGCCGACAGCGGCUCGCGCUGGACCUGGGAGCGCAUCAGACAGCGCAAGCGUACUAGCCGCCGAACCUUGCCGGCCGAGGAGGAUACGUGA